GCCGGGCCCUGGAACCUUCGGCCACGCGCUCGCGCCGACCCGCCGGCACCCAGCCCGCAGCGCCGCGCCUGAAGAGAAUGGAAGGGCUUCAGAGGAGCAGAUACUGGACUAUGGCUGAAGGCGGGAUAGAGCAUCAGCGGUUUGCAACCUCUUCCUCGUUGCGGAUCAUCCUGGUGGGCAAAACAGGCAGCGGGAAAAGUGCCACCGGGAACAGCAUCCUCUGCCAGCCGGUGUUUGAGUCCAGGCUGGGGGCCCAGUCGGUGACCAGGAAGUGUCAGGGGGCAACGGGCACGUGGAACGGGAGGGGCGUCCUGGUGGUGGACACGCCCCCCAUCUUUGAGGCGAGGGCCCAGGACCAAGAGGUGGACGAGAACAUCGGGGACUGCUACCUACUCUCGGCCCCGGGGCCGCACGUGCUGCUGCUGGUGACUCAGCUGGGGAGCUUCACAGAGCAGGACGUGGUGGCCGUGACCAGGGUGAAGGAGGUCUUUGGGGCGAGAGCCCUGAGACACACGGUCCUCCUCUUCACCCGCAAGGAGGACUUAGCGGACGGAUCCUUGCAUGACUACGUAGCAAACACAGACAACGUCAGGCUGAGGGGCCUGGUCCGGGAGUGCGGGCAGAGUGGCUCCAGCAGGGCUGGGGCGACCCCCAUGGAGAAGGUUACGUGCGCUACCUGGCCAAGGUGCGGUCGCAUGUUGCAAAGCAAAAGCAAGACCUGAAAGAGGCC